CUAGGGUUUUCCAGUUCGUGCCCCUUCGUUGUUUGUGGGAAGCGAAGCGCCUUAGAUUCAAUCGUGAGCGGCGGCAAGAACAACAGUAGAUCAAGUUCAUGUCUGAGGCUGACAUCCAGAUUCCUGGCGCCUACGAUCCCUUUGCCGAAGCGAAUGCUGAGGAAUCCGGUGGUGUUGGAUCCGCGGAAUACGUCCAUGUGAGAGUCCAGCAGCGAAAUGGCCGCAAGAGCUUGACCACCGUCCAAGGCCUGCGCAAGGAGUUUAAUUACAACAAGAUCCUCAAGGACUUCAAAAAGGAAUUCUGCUGCAACGGCACCGUGGUGCAAGAUCCGGAGCUGGGUCAGGUGAUUCAGCUACAGGGCGAUCAGCGCAAGAAUGUGUCGCAGUUCCUCGUCCAAGCCGGAGUGGUCAAGAAGGAUCUAAUCAAGAUACACGGUUUCUAAGUGGUGGUGGGGGUAUGUAGCUAUAGCUGAGUGGAGAGCAAACAAGGACACGGAAAAAUCACAAAAAAAAAAAGAAGAGAGAUUGGGGGGCUCUACUCUAUAUGGUGUUGGUUUGUAUAUGUGAAAGCUAUGUGAGCAAUCACCAGAGACUUUGCUGAUAUAAUCCAAUGCACUGUCCAUUCUGUGUA